AAGCAUAGCGUCAUUUCAAAAAAUAAAAUGUCAUUUAUUUAAUUUCCUGAAACAACACAAUAAAACUUCUAAAAAUAUAUGGAUAGUUCAGAAUCGAACGCAACAUCGGAAAUUCCAGUGAAGAAUCCCGAAACAUCGCGAAAUCCCUUUAUCAAUUAUCUGAUUGAAAUUCGACAAAAUAACCCGCAUUUGCUCCCGACGCAAGCUGUAUCCUUGGCUGCAAUUCAAUGGAAAAUAAUGCCGAAAAAUGCCAGGCAAAGAUAUGACGAGUGUGCCAAACGUGCGCGGUAUGUUUACAAGAGUCGUAACAAAUCGCUAAAUAGAGUAUUACGAUAUUUACGACGUGCAACCCAACAUCCAUGCAAAAUUGAACCGAUUGAAGUGCUGAAUGCUUCCAAGUAUUUGAAAAGACUCGUUUUGUUUUUUUGGCACGAAGAAUGUUAGGUGAAUGCCCUUUACAAUAAAUGAUUGUUUCAUUUAUUCAAUCCUAGACUAGGAAAUAUUCAUCGUGACUCGGACCAAAGAAGAGGAAAGGGGAAACUAGCCCAAAUGAUUGAAUUGCUAUGCAAUAAUUCAAAGACUUCAUCGAAUUA